GAAGGCGAAGCUGAGGCAAGCGAUGAGCGGCAAAGACGCACUAUUCUCGCAUGCGCGUUCUGCCGUUCGCGCAAGCUGAGAUGUGAUGGAGAGCAGCCAUGUCGACAAUGUGACCGGAGGGGCGAGAGAUGUGAGUACGUCCUACCUCCUGCGGCCAAG